GGAAAGAUGAAAAGAACUUUGAAAAGAGAGUUAAAAUAGUACGUGAAAUUGUUGAAAGGGAAACGGUUGAAGUCAGUCAUGCCGGCGGGAAUCAAUUUUCUGAUGUUAAACCCUUGGUAGAUGUGAUGUCUGGGAUCGAGGAUUGCAACGGAAACCCUUUGGGCUAG